AUGACGUACAAAAAAAAAGAAGAUAAAUUAGAUAUAAAGAGGAUAAAAAGUCCUCAAGAUAAUGAUCCUCAUAAAGUAGGUCCUACUCGUGAAAAACCAAUAACUGAAGGUCAUACAGUUGAUAAGGCAAAAGAAAAUUUGGAAUCAUCUAAUAAAUCGGAUGAAAUAAAUAGUCCCGGAAAAAAAAUUAAAGAUAGAGUUACUCGUUUAAUUUCUCCGAAACCAUUAGAUGUUCAAGCCAAAGCUGCUGCCAGUGGACUUCAAAAUCAUCAACGUCAAUUAAAGGAUGAUGAUGAUGUAUCAAAUAAAAAAGAACAAAAGGCAUCCGAAAAUGUACAAUCGAAAACCCAAGAAAUACUGCAAACUGUUGGGGGUACUGUAAAUAAUUUGAAAGAAAUGGGUCAAAAUGUAGUAGAUAACGUUCGACAAAAAUCAAGUGAAACAAUAGAAACCAUUAAAAAUAUGCCUUCAAAUAUUGCGAAAAAUUUGAAAGAAACUGUCCAAUCAACACACGAGAAAGGGCAAGAAACAAUGGAAAAUAUUCGAGAGAAGGGAAAAGAAUAUACUCAAGCAGCACGUGAUAAAGGACAAGAAACGACGGAAAAUAUUCGAGAGAAGGGAAAAGAAUAUACUCAAGCAGCACGUGAUAAGGGGAAAGAAGCAAUUGAAAAUGUUCAAGAGAAAGGAAAAGAAUACACUCAAGCAGCUCGUGAUAAAGGGCAAGAAGCAAGUGAAAAUGUUCAAGAGAAAGGAAAAGAAUAUAUUCAAUCCGCACGUGAUAAAGGGCAAGAAGCGGUUGGAAAUGUUCAAGAGAAAGGAAAAGAAUAUCUCAAAUCAGCACAUGAGAAAACUCAAGAAACGAUUGGGAAUGUUUCAGAGACUCAAUCGGUACGCGAUAAAGGUCAUGGCAGCGGAAGCGGAAAAUAUCAGCAAAGUGUAAGGGAAGAUCCGAAUGCUAAAAUUGGAUUAAAUGAUCAAAUAGGAAAUUGGGAUACAACGGCUAAUAUGAGUGAUUCCAAGCAAGAGGCCAAUAACUUAGAGAAAUUACGAGCAUCAAUUUAUGAAAAUGAUUUAAGAAAAACGCGACAGUCUUCCAAUCAAUCGGAGCAAACGCAACAACAAUCUUCUGAUCAAUCACGACAAAUGCCAAAUCAAGAUUUAGCUAAUAUCAAACCUGAAGAACGAAAUCCUUCUAAUCCUAUUGAAGAAAUUAAACCCAUUGCUGGAAACAUUGCUGAUAAGGUUAAAGAUACCGUGGAUAACGUGAAAGGAAAAUCGUGUAACAGAUAUAAAAUAAAAUUGUAA